AAAUAAUUUGAACUGUUGUUCUUUUGAUAAUAAGCAACUGUAUUUUUUUUUUCAUACGCAAAUGUUAUGAAAAUGUUAGAUGAAAAUUUAGAAUUUGAUGUCAAGGCUGUUAGAAAGUUUUUAAAGGAGAAGCUUGUCAGUUCUCCUCCCAAUAAACAUUAUGAGGCAUUUGUUGAACUGUUAAGUCUUUUAAAAAGGACAGUUUCAAGUGGGGAAAGUGAUUCUGCUCUAAUCGUAGGGCCCAGAGGUUGUGGGAAAUCAUCACUUUUAGAUUCAGUCUUGAAGGAAUUGUCUAAUUCUGAGGGCAAUGAAUACUUAUUAGUCAAAUUAAAUGGUUUGGUGCAAACAGAUGACAAUCUAGCUUUACGCGCUAUUAUUCAACAAUUGCAUGUCAAAGAACUAGAAGGAGAUCAGAUAACUGGAUCAUUUUCUGAUAAUUUGAUGUUCGUGUUGCAGAGUUUGAAGACAUGCGAUCGACAAAAUACUGUUCCAAUUAUUUUUAUUUUAGAUGAAUUUCAACUUUUUUGUAACCACAAAAAUCAAACAUUGCUUUAUAAUUUGUUUGAUAUUUCCAAAUCAGCUCAGGCUCCAAUGUGUGUUAUUGGUGUAACGACAAGAUAUGAUAUAACCGAGUUACUUGAAAAAAGAGUUAGCUCUCGUUUUUCACACAGACAAAUUUUAUUAAUGCCAAACUAUGAUCUAAAUGAAAGAAUGUCUCUUAUUUCUUAUUAUUUUCUAUUAAAAAAAAAAUCUCCAGCUCUUCGUAAAGUCAGCCAGGAAUUCAUUAAAAAAUGGGAUGAAAAUACUGAAACUCUUCUCAAUUCUUCUAAAGUAAUGGGAUAUUUUAGAAAGCAGUUGGAUAUGGAACCAAGUUUGAAAGCAUUAAAAAAUGUUUUGUUUUCACUCUUAAGUGGUAUCUCUUUAUCUAAUCCAUUUCUGUCUAUAUCAAAUUUUGAUGAAGUGUUCCAGAAGUAUUCUAUUGAUGGAAAAGUUGAAUAUCUUAAAGAUCUCUCAGCAUUAGAACUGUGUUUGUUUCAAUGGCUCAUCAUGUGGAAAUAUAUGAAGGAGAACCAUUCAAUUUUGAAAUGAUCAUUAAGAGGUACUUAAAAUUUGCACAACAAAAUUCAUCUGUUCAGAUCACUCAUCGUCCUAUAUUAAUUAAAGCUUUGGAAAGAAUCAAGGAAUUAGAGUUGAUAAUACCAGUUUCUAACUCAAAUAGAAAUCAAAAGAAGGAAUAUGUAUUAUAUAACUUGAUUGUUACUAAAUCACAAGUGCGUGCUGCAGUCAGUACUUACAAUGGUCUCCCCACAGAAAUUUCUCAUUGGGCGUUGGGAAAUGUAGUUUAAUUAAUUUAUAAUUGGUAGAUUUUUAUAUCUAUUAUUGAAACUAUGAACAAUAUUAUUUAUUUUAAUUUGAUUGUAAAUAUCUAAUCUAUACAAUUAAUGAAACUGUAUAUUGCAUAGUAUAAUAAAAAAUAUUUAAAAGUUGACAGAAAUUUAUUUAGAACAGGCUCCUAAAC